UGGGUAUGAACUAUGAACUAUGAAGCAAGGGAAAUGUACCUUCACAGUUCACACGUCCCAUCUUCUUCUUUGCUCGCUCUAGGCAAUUCCCUCUCUCCCAUGGAAUCAGAUCGUCGCCGAUCCUAUUAAUUCUGCCACUCAUUGGUCACUCUUUCCUUCCUAUUCUCCGGUCACCGGAGAUUUCCUGAUAUGGUUCUUGAGAGAAGCAACAGAGCUUAAAAAGCGAACUACUCAGCUUCUCAUCUCUUCAGAAACUGUUCAUAUUUGCAUUCUCUGAGUUGUGUUUUCCAUUAUAUACUUGCGUAUAUCUCCCGCUUUGAUUAGAUAUUUCGUAGAAAUUAACUUCGUGAAUCUCUGAUUUCAAGGAUAUCUACCGUCUGAUUUGCUCUCAAAAUACUAGGAUGUCGAUGCAUAAUGAUUAAUAGAAGAUAAAUAGUGAAUAGUUUGAGAAAUUGAUGAUGGGAGGGGCGAUGUUCGAUCUUAACCUGAACGAGGAGUCGACUCAGAACGAGUACUCGGCCGCAAUUCUCGGUAAGUACCCUGAAGGUUCGGGGACCUCUAAUUCUUCGGUCGUCAAUGCGGAGGCGUCAAGCAACGAAUACUCCUGCUCUACGCACGCCCGCGGCGACGCGUGCACCAUCAGCUUCGACAUCUUGAAAGUCGGAGCCGGAAGCGACGAAGCCGUGACGAAGGAACUUUUUCCUGUGAGUAAGAGAGUUAACGGAGGUUUUUUGAGUACUGAGAUGCAAGGACAGUACUCCACGAGGUUCUCUUCGAGGAAUCGGAUUGAUCUUACCUUUGAGAGGGAUAGGGAAGGCAAAAUACCGGUGGUUCAGCAAGCAUCACAGCCGCGGAAGAAGAGCAGGAGGGGGCCUAGGUCGCGGAGCUCGCAAUAUAGAGGCGUCACGUUCUACAGGAGGACCGGGAGAUGGGAAUCGCAUAUCUGGGAUUGCGGGAAACAAGUGUAUUUGGGAGGAUUUGACGCUGCUCACGCUGCUGCGAGAGCCUAUGAUCGAGCUGCUAUCAAGUUCAGAGGUGUUGAUGCUGACAUCAAUUUCAGUCUCACCGAUUAUGAUGACGAUCUGCAACAGAUGAAAAACCUGAGCAAGGAAGAGUUUGUGCAUAUACUCCGGCGCCAGAGCACUGGUUUUUCAAGAGGGAGCUCAAAAUAUCGAGGUGUGACCCUGCACAAGUGCGGCCGAUGGGAAGCCAGGAUGGGCCAGUUCCUUGGCAAAAAGUAUAUAUAUCUUGGGCUCUUCGACAACGAGGUAGAAGCAGCAAGGGCUUAUGACAAGGCAGCCAUCAAAUGUAAUGGAACAGAGGCAGUUACCAACUUUGAGCCCAGUACAUAUGAAGGGGAGAUGGCAUCCAAGGCCAUUAAUGAAGCCAGUGACCGCCAUCUUGAUCUAAAUUUGGGAAUAUCUCCUCCUCUUCGCAAUGGGCCCAAGGACGAGGGGCAUCUCCGGUUCCUUUCUGGCCCUUAUGGUGUCCAAGGUGGAAAUUGUUCAUGGAUGGGAAACCCAGCAACUGCCACUGCUGAUCCACCUAUUAAACGGCUUGCAAGGACAUUAGAUCACCCUAUGGUCCAUAAUGGUGGCCAUCCUACCUUAUUUCCCAAUGCGGAAAGAGCAACAGAGAAGAGACUCGAAUCAAAUUCACAAGGACGCAUCAAUUGGGCAUGGCAGAUGCAUGGUCAAGCCGGUGCUAACCCAAUGCCUCUGUUCUCUACUGCAGCAUCAUCAGGAUUCUCGUUCGCGGCUACCCCUCCCUUUGCUGCCAUUCUGCCUUCAAAACCUUUAAACGUAACUGCAAAUAAUCCCCAUUUCACUGCACCAACUUCUGCUGCCACGAACCCCUCUCAAUAAUCGCCAUCCUAGUCUCUCGCCCCUAUACUGGAGCAGACUUGGGCAACUGCAAUGCCCUUAAAAUUCAAUUGUCUGAUUUAAAUGUUGAUUUGGUAUACUCUAAGAUCUUAUUUAAUUGUGGUGACGGCGACGUCCGUCUUUUGGGUACUCUGAUAAAGACUCUGAAGGAUUUGUCUCAAGGUUGCAGCACCUAUUCCACUCUCUGGCGAGGUUUUAAGGAAGUCUCUAAUCGUGCUUUUGAUGCUCUAAGGCUCCUGCCUGCAUCUUCAAACGAGUUUAAUCUCUAUAGCCUAGUUGUGGUAUCUGCUAUUGCUUUGAGUCAUUUUUUUGCUCUUGUUUUUGGAGUGCUUUGUUCUUGUAAUGUUUCUCGAGGAGUUUCAAACUCUUCUAUGUAUUGUGGUGUGUUAUUUUAAUAUAAUUGUGUUUUAUUCUCGAAAAAAAAAAA